AAAUUGAAGAAUUGGUAGCAUUUAACGAGGAAAACAAACUAUCUGCUGUGUAAUAUAAAAUGUCAACACUACGAGCAGGACCUAAUGUAAAAUUAGCAAAAAUCUUCUACAAAUAUGCAGAUAGAUCCGAAAAGGUUCAAGAAUCGGAAAUUAUUAAGGAAACUCCAAACGGAAUUGAGAGUGGUAAAGAGGAGACGCAAACGGUGGUAGACGUCGAGGCCUACCCUCCUUACAACUUCUCAUGGUUCGUAGAAGCAAAGAUUGCCGGUAUGGGGUGGCCACAAACAGUAGAAAAUUUAAACUUUCUGGUUAAUGCUGGUAUUAAUCACAUUAUAACUCUAUCUCCGGAAAGGAUACCUCCAGUUAUGGAAUGCAGGAAAUUAAAGUGGACUCUUAUAAAGAUUAAGGAGUUUAGCGCGCCAUCUUUAAAGCAAAUUGUGAAGUUUAUUGAAAUCUGUAAGAAAGCAGAGAUGAUGGGAGAGACUGUAGGGGUGCAUUGUCGUCACGGGCGUGGCCGGACCGGCACAAUGCUCGCGUGCUACCUCGUAUACUUCCAGAACAUGGCUCCAGAAAGAGCCGUUCUCACUACUCGAUUGAGAAGACCAGGUUCCUGCGAAACAUAUGACCAAGAAAAAGCUGUAUGCUAUUACAAUGAUUGUCUUCGAGGAACAAUUACAAAGCCUGAUUAUCGACUGGUGGAUGAUAAAUUGUAUUUUGACUACACCAUGAAGUAUACCUAUGAUAGAAGUUCUGAUGACGAUUUAAGUGAUGUGGGGGAUGAAAGUGAACAGAAAACACUUAAAGAACGAGUUGAUGAAGCAAUAUUAAAAGUUAAACCAAAAACAAAUGCAAUGGUUAUAAACCACAAAAUUUAUUUUUAAGUUUAUAUUAUACAGCAAAUUUAUGUAAUGUUCUGCAUAUUUAUUGAGGAAAGAGCUUUUUUAUGUAAUAAAAGAGCCUAAGGGCAAUUGCCAAAGUACCAUGGUAUAUAACCAACAACAAAGUUCACGAACACCUUGAAAUGAGAAAAAUGAAAGGGUCAGUAUAUUCUUGAGCUAGAAGACCUCUAGGCAGGAGAUGAUUAGAUGCUUCUAGUGGCAAGCCCCUCAACAUGACAGCACCACAGCAUAUAUUUGUUCAUAGCCUUAGGGCUGAUAGCAGAAGAAAAAAAAGUAUUGAAGACAAAUUAUAAUAACAGUAUUAAUCAUAUAGACUCUUUAUUAGAUACCUUCUUACUAAAUUUACAACAUACAUAUACAUAAUAUGCAAACAAUAACAGUUUUAAAACUUAUAUAAAUAUUACUUUGAAAUUAUCAUGAUACAA